AUGCCUGGAGUACCUGAACAGCGAGGCAGAAAGCGCAAAAUUACAGAUGAUCAGCUGUGCAAGAUGGAUGAUUUACUUAAAAGUGAAGGCUUUGAAGCUCGCUCCUUGAGCUGGCAAGCCAUGGCCUGGGAGUGUGGCAUCACAGGCCUCUCUGACCGAACAAUUUCACGAGCCAUGGGCAAGCUCUACAUUGCACGGAAGAGGGGAGAGAGGUACUGCAAUGACUGCAUUCAAAGAAGAGAGGAGAAGGAUCAACACGACAAGGAGAUAAAGAAGGUGCAUGCCUGGGCAGCUGUUGGCUACAACUUCAAGUCUGAUUUGGUCUUCUAUGAGAUAGAGUCCAACAAGAACAGCAAGAUGACACAGCAGGCAUACAUUGGCCAGAUUCUUGAGCCUCAUGUAAAGAGGUGGCUUGAUAGAGGUGACUAUUUCACCCUUGAAGAAGAUGGUGAUUCUGGCCAUGGCCCAGGCAAAGGCAAGAAUAUUGUCAAAACUUGGAAAGAGCAACACCAUUUACAGUACUUCUUUAACUGCCAUUCAUCCCCAGACCUUGCACCUAUUGAGAACUGCUGGCAGCCAUCCAAGAAGUAUCAUGCCUCAAAGGCUUAA